AGCGGUGGUAAUGUAAUAGAAGGUUUGAAGUUAAAGGAGUGAAACCUAAACCCGAAAGCAGCAAUUAAGAGACAGGAUAGGCGCCUCUUCCCCUACGUCUCUUUCUUUUCCUGCUUUCCUUCUUUUCUGGUUUUUGUUUUACCCUGCUUUUCUUUUACUCUGCAUUUGGAAAACCAAAUACAAACCCCAAUCAAUGGGAAAGAAGAACCCCUUAGCUGAAAUCGCCGUUAUCCGAUUAAACAACAUACUUGAGAAAUUUCGUGAAUCAGAAGAUGAAGUGUAUACCUUUGAAUCCAACCUUACUAACAAAGAACGCGCAGUGGUGCACAAGGCAUGCCGGAAAAUGGGUAUGAAAUCCAAAAGUAAAGGGCGUGGGAGCCAGAGAUGUGUCUCUGUCUAUAAAAUCAAAGAGAAAGCCAGCAGUAUGACAGAGAAGAAUCCAACUAACGUGUCAUUUUCGGAGGGGACAAAAUUGGUUUUGCAGGACUUAUUUGCAUAUUAUCCACCAGAUGAUGGAGAGCUUGAAGAGAAGGUAAUUGGAAAAUAUAGCGGAAAAUCUGCUAAAAUACGAAGAAAGAAAGAUGAUAUUUUCUCGAAGCCAUUGAUGAAUGCUGCGGAGAUUGCAAAGAAGGUUAAAACACUUGCAUCUAAGAGAGAGAAGCAUCCAAACAUGAGACAGAUUGAUGAAGAGAGGUCAAAGCUUCCAAUUUCUGGGUUUAGGGAUGCCAUUACAUCUGCAGUAGAAUGUCACCAGAUUAUCCUCAUUUCUGGCGAGACUGGGUGUGGCAAGACAACACAGGUUCCACAAUUUCUUUUGGACUAUAUGUGGGGGAAAGGUGAGGCCUGUAAAAUACUGUGUACUCAGCCUCGGCGUAUAUCAGCUACAUCAGUGGCUGAGAGAAUUGCUAAUGAAAGAGGGGAAAGUGUUGGAGAAAAUGUUGGAUACAAGAUUCGCUUGGAAAGUAAAGGCGGUCGACACUCAUCAAUCGUCUUCUGCACGAAUGGGGUAUUAUUGAGAGUGCUGGUUGCAAACAGUAGAUCAAAGAGAGAAGACAUCUCUGACAUGACUCACAUUAUUAUGGAUGAAAUUCAUGAAAGGGACUGCUUCUGUGAUUUCAUGUUGGCAAUUAUCAGGGAUAUACUUCCUUCGUACCCUCAUCUACGGGUGGUACUGAUGAGUGCUACUCUUGAUUCUGAACGGUUUUCACAAUAUUUUGGUGGUUGCCCAAUUAUCCGUGUUCCUGGGUUUACAUAUCCUGUAAGAAGUUUCUAUUUGGAGGAUGUGCUUUCUAUCCUGAAAUCCACAGACGAUAAUCAUCUUAUUGCAGCUAAUGCAAGUGACCAGGAUGAAGACCCAGAAUUAACUGAAGAAGAUAAGAUCGCAUUAGAUGAAGCUAUUAAUUUGGCUUGGUCAAGUGAUGACUUUGAUCCACUUUUAGAUUUGAUUUCUGUUGAAGGAGGGUCAAAGGUUCAUAAUUACCAGCAUUCUUUGACUGGACUAACGCCACUAAUGGUGUUUGCUGGAAAGGGUAGAGUGGAGGAAGUUUGCAUGCUCCUCUCGUUUGGUGUAGACUGCAGUCUAAUCUCCAAGGACGGGAAGAGUGCUUUGGAUUGGGCUGAGCAGGAAAACCAGCAGGAAGCUGCUGAAAUAAUUAAAAAUCAUAUUGAAAGUUCCCAAAAAAAUAUUGGGGGACAGCACUUACUCGAAAAGUAUAUAGCAUCAGGUAAUCCAGAAAUCAUUGAUGUUGUUCUUAUUGAACAAUUACUAAGAAAGAUAUGUAUUGGUUCAAAUGAAGGAGCCAUCCUUGUUUUCCUUCCUGGGUGGGAGGAUAUAAAUAGAAUGAAAGAGAAAUUGCUCGCCAACCCCUUUUUUAAAGAUUCUUCCAGAUUUAUUAUAAUACCUUUGCAUUCAAUGGUUCCAUCUGCUGAUCAAAAGAAGGUCUUUAAUCGUCCACCUUUGGGCUGCCGCAAAAUCGUUCUUUCAACCAAUGUUGCCGAAAGUUCCGUUACAAUCGAUGAUGUUGUCUAUGUUAUAGAUAGUGGUAGAAUGAAAGAGAAAAACUAUGAUCCAUAUAAUAAUGUAUCAACCCUUCAGUCUUCAUGGGUCUCCAAAGCAAAUGCUAAGCAGAGAGAGGGGCGAGCUGGUCGAUGUCAACCUGGAAUUUGUUAUCAUCUUUAUUCAAAACUUCGAGCAGCUUCUAUGCUUGACUUUCAAGUUCCAGAAAUUAAGAGAAUGCCAAUUGAAGAGCUCUGUUUACAGGUGAAAUUGCUUGACCCAGCUUGCAAAGUAGAGGAUUUCUUGCGAAAGACAUUGGACCCUCCUGUUUCUGAAACUGUACAUAAUGCACUUAGAGUCCUUCAAGAUAUUGGGGCUUUCACGCAAGAUGAGGAACUGACAGAACUUGGAGAGAAGCUUGGUUAUCUUCCUGUUCAUCCAUUGACAUGCAGGAUGCUUUUCUUUGCCAUAUUGAUGAAUUGCCUUGAUCCGGCAUUGACACUAGCAUGUGCAUCAGACUUCAAGGAUCCAUUUGUCCUUCCCAUGCGACCAAAUGAAAAGCAGAAGGCUGCCGCUGCCAGGCAUGAGCUUGCGUCUCUGUAUGGUGGGCAAAGUGAUCAGCUGGCACUCAUAGCUGCGUUUGAGUGCUGGAAGAAUGCUAAAAGAAAGGGUCUAGAGCGACGUUUUUGUUCACAAUACUUUGUCUCAUCAAGCACCAUGAACUUGCUGUUUGGCAUGCGUAAGCAGCUCCAGGGUGAACUAAUACGGCAUGGGUUUAUUCCAGAUGAUGUCUCAAGUUGUAGUCUAAAUGCAAAUCACCCUGGAAUACUCCAUGCAGUCCUUGUGGCUGGUUUGUAUCCAAUGGUGGGGAGGAUACUCCCUGUAAAACAGGGUAAACGAUUAAUUAUAGAGGCUGCCAAUGGCAGUAAAGUUCGGUUACACACUCGCUCUGUUAAUUCAAAGUUAGUACCCAAGAAACCCGAAGAUUGCCCCUUGAUUAUGUAUGAUGAAAUAACACGUGGGGAUGGGGGUAUGUUCAUAAGGAACUGUACUGUUGUUGGGCCAUUUCCAUUGUUAUUUCUUGCAACAGAGAUUGCAGUGGCUCCUAUAAAAGGCAUUGUUUAUGAUGAAGAUGAAGAUGAUGAUGGGGCUGAUGGUGAUGGUGAUGAUGAUGAUGAUGAUGGAAGUGAUGAUGGUGAUGGUGAUGCAUGCAACACUGAUGGAGAUGAAAAGUUGGCUGUUAGUAAGUCAGGUGGAAAAGAAGAUAAGGUCAUGUCCUCUCCCGAUAAUUCUGUUAUGGUGGUUGUUGAUCGCUGGCUAUCAUUCAGAUCAACAGCCCUUGAUGUUGCUCAAAUUUACUGCUUGAGAGAACGAUUAUUGGCAGCAAUCUUAUUCAAGGUAAUGCAUCCACACGAAGUUCUUCCUCCUGUUCUCGGGGCGUCUGUAUAUGCAAUAGCUUGGAUUCUAUCUUAUGAUGGGUUAUCAGGCAUCCCAACGCCAGCAGAAUCUGUAGAUUCACUGACUUCGAGGGUGCGUUCUACUGAUAUCAACAAAUCUAUGCCAGUGAUGAAAGAUACAAGUCCCAAUCCAAGUAGGUUCCUUUUGUCACUUUUGAACCGAAGCCCAUUCAGCUGUUCAAGUUUCCAGAAAGGUGUUAAGGGCCCUGCAGUAGGGGCUGUAACAAAUGGAGUUGAGUCCAUGAGUUACAACCAACAGGCACCUGUAAUGUCAGCUGGAAUGAGCUUAGAUCAAGCUGCGUUGCAGGACCCUACGUCAGUUGCUUCCGGUUCAGGUGCGUCUAAAUCACAGGGUUCUGGAGACGAUUCUUGCAAGCGACAACGCGGGAAGAGGUCUAUAUCUUGACCGUGAAGGUAGUAUAAAACAUAUUUUAUCAACUAGAAGAGGAAGUGGAUGGUGGAUUAUGCUCAUAGUUUUGAAGGUUUUGCAUUUCCAUUGAAGUAACCUAGAGGGUUGAGAAUCAUUAUCUAUGCUACAGGCUGACAUAUAAGAGUCGAUACUUACAUGAACUAGGGAAUAUUAUACUACUAACCUAUGGCAGCCACUUAGCUGUUUUAUGUGACCUUUUUUUUGCAUAAUUAAUAUUUUCCUCUGCUAAAUUAAUGGAAAAGAUCUUUAUUAUUA